AUGGCAGACACAGUCGUUGAGCCCGAAGAGGCAAUUAUCUCCAACAGUCCCGAGGACGAUGCGCCGGCCGCGGACACCGCCGUUGUCAAGAAGACCAAAAAAAUCAUUCGCAGGAAGAAGAGGCCCGCCAGGACACAGGUUGACCCUUCUUUUGUGAAGUCUGAGCCACCGCCACAGACGGGUACAAUCUUUAACGUCUGGUAUGCCAAGUGGUCUGGUGGCGACCGCGGUGAUCAGCAGGAUCUUAACACGCCGGCACCGGGGCGCUGCAACAUUGCUCGCGACAGUGGUUAUACGCGCGCUGAUAAAGUGACUGGGUCGUUCUUCUGCCUCUUCUUUGCCUAUGGUACAUGCUUCCAAGGCCCCGAGUGCGAAUACCUGCACCGCCUACCAACGAUACACGACCUCUUCAACCCGAACGUCGACUGCUUCGGACGAGAUAAGCACUCCGAUUACCGCGACGAUAUGGGUGGUGUGGGUUCCUUCACCCGCCAGAACCGCACGUUGUAUGUCGGCCGGAUCCACGUCACCGAUGAUAUUGAAGAGGUGGUCGCGAGACACUUUGCGGAGUGGGGACAGAUUGAGCGCACGCGUGUGCUAACGGGACGAGGUGUGGCUUUCGUGACUUAUUCAAAUGAGGCGAAUGCGCAAUUCGCCAAAGAGGCCAUGUCUAAACAGGCCUUGGACAAUAAUGAAGUACUCAAUGUUCGCUGGGCGACUGUUGACCCGAAUCCGAUGGCGCACAAGCGGGAGGCGCGUCGUUUGGAAGAGCAGGCUGCAGAGGCGGUGCGCCGGGCACUGCCUGCGGCUUUCGUGGCUGAGAUUGAGGGUCGUGAUCCUGAGGCGAAGAAGAGGAAGAAAAUUGAGGGUAGCUUUGGGUUGGACGGGUAUGAUGUACCCGAUGAUGUGUGGCAUGCGCGCACACGACAGCUAGAGAGCUCGAAGUCCGCUGCUGGUGAGCUUGAGGCGCCCGAGGAGCCGUUGAUGAUCGAGUCUACGACAUCGGUAGCUGCACCUGCACCUGCAUCAGAGCCCGAGAGCGGGAUCUUCUCGAGCGCGACAGUGGCAGCUUUGAGGGGACUCACGGGUGGCAACAUCACGACUCAGGCAGCGCCCAAGGCCUCUGGGCCAUUAGUCGCCUACGGAAGUGACGAUGACAGCGACUGA